CCUGAGUAGGCAGCUAUUUUUACCCACAGGCAUGAAAGUAUUUUAUAUUUUAGGAGCCAGAUAGGCCAUGACUGGUUUAUACUGGGAAAUAUUAGUACAGUGUCAGAACUGUUAAAAGCCCCACAUAUGCAGUUGAGGGAAUCAAGGCACAAAGAGACCAAAUAACUUGCUGAAGGUCACAACUAAUAGGUUAUGAACUGCAGGUGGAUCAGGAGCACUGGGCAUGCGCUUUUCCUAAGUGUGUGACACAGCUUCACAGAGAUGGCGUUCUGCUUAUCUGCUGCAAUGAGCUGUGUGAGGACUGAGUGGAGGGGGGAGCAAGAGACUCUGAAAUGAACAUCCAGACUGCUUGUUUCUGCAUUCCAGGAAACUUCAUUAAAAAAUCCAGUCGUGCAGUGACUUUUAAGAAACAUGAAGGAGAAAAUUACAAUAUAUCAUAUCUGGCACAACAAUAGGGAUAUAUGGAUGACUAAGAUCCAGUGUUCAAUGUGUAGAAGCUGAGAGAAAAAGCAGAAAGAAAUGCUGUUGAAGAUUCACUUUGAAUUUGGUUGCUGGUGUUUUGAAGUUUCACUAAAGUGAAGUUCAUGUGAAAACUGUGGACAAGUAUUAAAUGCAGUCAAGGAAUUAAGAGGACCCUGAUAACCACUUAGCUACAAAAAGACAUUGCCAGACAGCCACCAGGCCUUGGACAACCCUGUGUGUCCUAGCAAGGAGAUACGUCAAAGUUCUAACCUCCAGAACUUCAGAACUUGACUUUAUUUGGAAAUAAGGUAAUUGCAGAUGUAACUGGUUAAGAUCGGGUCAUACUGGAGUAGGGCGUACCCCUACUUCGAUAUGACUGUGGUCUUUAUAAGAAGAUAGUCAUGUGAGGUCUGAGACACAAGAAUGAGAUGAGAAGAUGAAGGUAGAGAUUGAAAUGAUGCAACUACAGGCUAAGAAACGUCCGAGAUUGCCAGCAAAUCACCAGAAGCUACACAAGGGACAUGGAACAGAUUCUCCUUCACAGCCCUCAGAAGGAACCAGCCCUGACAGCAUCUUGUUUUUGAACUUCCACCCUCCAGACUGUAAAUAAUGUACACAUCUUUUGAGCAAAAUGUCCUGUAUCUAAUCCUGAAUGGUGAUUGCCAAGCACACACCUGCCACGAACUGCUGAUGUCAAUGAGGUGCUGCAGUGAGAGAUACUGAUACAAUACUGGAAAUGCUGAUGGUAACAUCAAUGAAUUCAAACAGCGUCUGAGAAAUGACCAAGCAUGGUCCUAUGUGAAGAUGAAGGGAUGAAGGAAUCUCUGCAGGAAUUCAAUGCCUGGACGAAAGCCUGCACUAUCCUGAGAGGGAGAUGACUUGAGCAGCCGGCUUUUUUUUUUCCUUCUCCACAACGAUGUCCAUGAACAAUUCCAAACAGUCAGUGUCUGCUGCAGCUGGGCUCCUUUCAAAUACAACUUGCCAGACGGAACACCGGCUUUCAGUCUUCUUUUCAGUAAUCUUCAUGACGGUGGGAAUAGUAUCAAACAGCCUCGCCAUCGCCAUACUCAUGAAGGCAUAUCAGAGAUUCAGACAGAAGUCCAAGGCAUCGUUUCUGCUCUUGGCUAGUGGCCUAGUAAUCACAGACUUCUUCGGCCACCUUGUCAACGGGACUAUAGCAGUAUUCGUGUAUGCUUCUGAUAAAGACUGGAUCCGCUUUAACCAAUCUAACAUCCUUUGUAGCAUUUUUGGUAUCUCCAUGGUAUUUUCUGGUCUGUGCCCCCUUUUUCUAGGCAGUGUGAUGGCCAUUGAGAGAUGUAUUGGAGUCACCAAACCAAUAUUUCAUUCUACAAAAAUUACGUCCAAGCAUGUGAAGGUGAUGUUGAGCGGUGUGUGCUUGUUUGCUAUUUUCAUAGCUUUGCUACCCAUCUUUGGGCAUCGAGACUAUAAAAUUCAAGCAUCAAGGACCUGGUGUUUCUACAAAACAGAACAUAUCCAAGACUGGGAAGACAGGUUUUACCUUCUACUUUUUUCUUUUCUGGGGCUCUUAGCCCUUGGUGUUUCAUUCUUGUGCAAUGCCAUCACAGGGAUUACACUCCUAAGAGUUAAAUUUAGAAGUCAGCACCACAGACAAGGCAGGUCUCAUCAUUUCGAAAUGGUCAUCCAACUCCUGGCUAUCAUGUGUGUCUCCUGCAUUUGCUGGAGUCCAUUUCUGCUGACAAUGGCCAACAUUGGAAUAAAUGGAAAUCGUUCUACUGAGACCUGUGAAACAACACUCUUUGCUCUCCGAAUGGCAACAUGGAAUCAAAUCUUAGAUCCCUGGGUCUAUAUUCUUCUACGGAAGGCUGUCCUUAAGAAUCUCUACAAGGUUGCCAGACGCUUUUGUGGAGUGAAUGUCAUCAGCUUACAUGGUUGGGAGCUUAGCUCCAUUAAAAAUUCCUUAAAGGUUUCUGCAAUUUCUGAGUCACCAGUUGCAGAGAAAAUAAAUCAGCAAUCACCCGGUUUAAUAGGACAGUCAUUCAGUGUAAGUUUAGGACAAAAUUAAGAGAAGUUUGGCAAUGUUUCAGUUAGUUGGGUGAGUAUAUAAAGCCUAACUGUCAAAUUUAGGCAUCAGCAAAUAGUGUGGGGAGCACUUUUGUCAGAUUCAGCUUUUGAAAUUUGUAAAAUUAACUGUGUAAUUGCAGAUUUUCACUUUGCUUUGCCAACUGCAGAUAAACAUGAUGAAAUAAUGCCAUGGAAGUCAAGUUGAAAACAAUUUCGGGCUUAUCUGUGUUAUUUAUGCUUUUGGAAUGAGUGACUCUGUUGAGUCCUAAAGCAUUUACUUGGCCUAUUUGCCAAAGAACAUCUUAAAACUACCCGCAUUGUGAAACAGCUAUUUGGUGGCCACUGCUCUGUAGCUGUUCCUUAUAGACUAGGCUCACUGAAAUGGAGCACCCUCCUAUUUUGAUCUGGCCUGUUUUACCUUUCAUUGUGUAACCUCAGUUAAUGUAUGUAUGGUUAUGUCACAUGGGGUUCACUGUGGUUUAUUAUAAUGACCUCCAUAUACACCAGACGUGGCUGACAGGUUGCCUGGUCUUGCAGCCCUGUUUAGAAUGAUGCUGUCCUUGUCAUAUUUGACAAAUAUGACUGCUUACAUUGAUGUAUAUGAAGGUCAACUGUUAUUUGAAGGUUUUCUUGGUAAGUCAUAGAUUUGCAUACUUUUCCAAUAAUCCCCUUUUCCUUUGGAAAUUCAAGGGCACAGAAAUAAUUUUUAGAGAAACAAAGACUCUAUCUUGGCUUGGGUAGAGGUGAUUUGCAUUAGAGCAGUUCCUAAGCAGCUCUGCCAUGGAUAAUGCAGACAGAACUUCAAUACAGUGGUAGGUGCAAAGAGCACUGACAAAGGCACUUUACUUUAAAUAAUCAUAUUUGUGUCACAGAAAAGAAGAAACACAAUCUAUGUAUAAAUAUAUGAAGACUAUCUGCACGUAGUGUGUUUCUAUCUGCAGGUGGCACGUUUUUACUUUCCACUUACAAACACACACACACACACACACACAGCAGCAGGACAUCAAAAGUUUCCGUUAAAAGCAACUUCGUUAAAUCUGUCAGAGGGCAUCUUCUAAAGCCUGUGCUACCCGUGUUAAGAGAAGGAUUGGAAGUAGCUAGGUGUUUGGAGAUCAUAAUAGUGGUUAACCAAGAGCUCUAGGGGUAAUAAUCUUUUCCCAAAUUUCCUGCUAAAACUUUAGACUCUUUCUUUGCUUGUUUGUGUAAUUCAACCCAUGAAGUUUUAGUAAUCUUUCAAAAUGUCCUGCAUUCAUUAGAAUAUAGGGUAGGUAGUUCUGCUUUGUAAUAGUAAAAUGCACUUCUGUUGCCUUCAUUAACUGGGGCUCAUUUCAGAGUUAAUCUUUCCUGUGAGACUGAUUUCAGAUUCUCUGUGAAAUUUGGGCAGUUCAACUAGACUUAAGUCAUAUUCACAGAUUUUUGUUUUUGACUGGUAAUGUACAUUAGAAGUUGUUGUCUACUUUUGUGAAGUUUGGAAAAUUGUCAUGAAUAAGUUAAAAAAGAUUAAGUGAAUAGCCUCAGUGAAGAUUUAAUGGCAACCAUUUCAUUCAGUGAAGUUAAAGAAGGGAAACUCGCAUAUACAUACUGGUAUGUGAUGUUCUUAAUUUAAGACCAGUAAAUGAGUAAUCAUACAAAUUUAGGUUGUUCUAUUUAUAGAGCACAUAGUAGAUGUUUGAUAAAUACUUACCAAAUUGAAUCGCAAGAAUUUCUUAAUAUGAAAUGAGCAUGGAAGUGCAAAGAUUUUGUACAUUUUUAAUUUAAAUGGACAAUUACAGUGGUAAUUGUGAGAUAUAUGCAUAUAUACUUGUAUAUGUAUAUAUAUGCACAUAUAUUUGUGUGUAUAUAUAGUGUAGAUGCUUAAAAAAAGCCAUUACAAUUUAUGAUUGCUGUUAUAUUCCUAAGUGCUCUCUUGUGUUUUAAGAGGACUGAAAGCCUGGUUCCCAGGUAAUAUCUAUUUGUCACAGUUGCUUCAAAAUAUUGGUGUCCUGUGAGCUGAGACACAGGGAACCAGACCUCUGUUGGUUUUCCUUAUGCUGGCUGGGCAAGACGCUGCAGUGCACACUGUCUUGUAUUGUGACCCUGGUGAGGGGCUGGGGAGAGAGUCUCAUUCAGACUUCUGGUCCUCUUCUCCUUGAGGCUUUUCCAGUUGAUUGGCAGAAUUGUUGCUCUGUUGCUGUGAUGUCACCCUGGCCAUGUGUGUCUGAACGGAGGAGAUGUGGGGACGUGACCACGUGUGGCAAUGCGUGAGCACGCAAAGUUGUUCUGCACAUGUCCUGGGAGAAUUAUCUAUAUUAUCCGAGCACAGGAUUAGGGUUUAUGAUGAGAUGAAACCUAAGAAGUAGACACCAAAAAUUGAAAAAAAAUGUCUAGUAGAAGAAUAUUCAUUUACAUUGUUUUAGGCUUUCACCCAAGGAAAAUGAAACAAAGCAAACACCACCAGAUGCCUAUCUGAGUUUAGAAUUUUACUCUUGUUAUUAAUCAUAUUUCAAUGUUGUUAGGCAAUUUAUUACAUCAAGAAUAGUAGAGUGGAGCAUUCACCAAUAACUUUUUGGUGAAUAUAGAUUUUUUUAAGUAGGAGUAUAUAUGUUCGACUAUGGGAAAUAAAUAAUAUAAAUAGUGUUCAACAAGUUCACUGAUUUUGCAGUUUCAAACUCUAUUUUAAAAUUCACAAUUAGACCAGAGUAAAUGAAUUUUUCUUGUCAUUGGGUAAAGUAGUAAGCAACUUCUCAUGUUAUUUGUCAUAUUAUUUCUGGGUAAUUAUAUUAUUAUGGGCAAAUGAUUUGAAAAUGCCAGGCUUUUCCUGAUGAUAAUGAAUUUAAAAAAAAAAUAAGAAAAAGAAAUCCAACAGCAAAUGGGUUUUCUAAUUAUGAACACAAAGACAGAGAAUGAUGACUCAUAAUUAGCUGUGGAUAUGAUCCCAAACAUGAGACGUUUUACUGAUGGAUUUAAUUAGGUGAUAGAAAUAUGCUCUUGCAGACUUUUUUCUAAAGGGGAAGAUUUGAUUCUACUUAUCCAUAUUGCUGAAGUGGAAGAUACCUAAAAGUUCACACACACACACACACACACACACACACACACACACACGAUGCAAAACCUGUCCUAUGUAACAAAUAGUCUUGUUUGCUCUAGUCUUGCCUUUUAGACUUAAAAACAAAAACUUGCUUUAGUUAUGUGCCUGGUCUUAGAACCCAAGUAAGAGCACUUGUUAGAUACAGAGAAUGAAUUUUUUGUGACACUCAUUGCUGGGUUCACCUGUGUUGCCAUUAUCGUCCCAAAUCAAUAAACCGUGGUUGGAAUAUA